AUGCCGAUGCUCCUCGACAUCCAGCGCAAGCUCCUCGCAAGGUCUGACCGGGUCAAAUCGGUCGACUUUCACCCUACCGAGCCUCAUGUCAUCUGCGGUCUCUACAACGGCCAGGUCAAGAUCUGGAACUAUGAGACGCAGACCGACAUCAAGACGUUCGAGGUGACCGAUGUUCCAGUGCGCUGCGUUAAAUACAUUGCGCGCAAGAACUGGUUCGUGUCAGGUUCGGAUGACUUCCAGCUCCGCGUGUACAACAUCUCGACUGGAGAGAAGGUGACCUCGUUCGAGGCGCACCCAGACUAUAUCCGCUGUUUGACUGUGCAUCCCACGCUCAGCCUGGUACUUACUGGUUCGGACGACAUGACGAUCAAGUGCUGGGACUGGGACAAGGGAUGGCGCUGCGUCCAGAUCUUCGAGGGCCACACCCACUACAUUAUGGCGCUCGCUAUCAACCCCAAAGACCCGCAGACCUUUGCGUCAGCAUGUCUCGACCACACCGUCAAGGUGUGGUCCCUUGGCAGCCCGGUCCCCAACUUCUCCCUCGAGGCGCACGAGAAGGGUGUCAACUACGUCGACUACUACCACGGAGGUGACCGCCCGUACAUUGUCACGACGGGUGACGAUCGUCUCGUCAAGAUCUGGGACUACCACGCCAAGUCGUGCGUCCAGACCCUCGAGGGCCACACCGCCAACGUGUCGUUCGCCAUCUUCCACCCCUCGCUUCCCAUCAUCGUCUCGGGCUCCGAGGACGGCACCAUCAAGAUCUGGCACUCGUCCACGUACCGUCUCGAGAACACGCUCAACUACGGCCUCGAGCGUGCGUGGUGCAUUGCGUACCGUAAGACCGGUAAUGAGAUCGCCGUUGGCUUUGACGAGGGUGCCGUUGUGCUCAAGCUCGGCAGUGACGAGCCCUCAGUGUCGAUGGACGCGUCAGGAAAGGUCGUUUACGCUCGUAACACCGAGGUCCUCACCGCCAACGUUGGCCAGCUCGGCGAGAAGGAUGAGAUUGAGGAUGGCCAGCGCCUCUCCCUCCCUCUCCGUGAGAUGGGCACGACCGAGGUCUACCCCACCUCGCUCCAGCACUCGCCCAACGGGCGCUUCGUAACCGUCUGCGGUGACGGCGAGUACAUUAUCUACACUGCGCUCGCGUGGCGCAACAAGGCGUUUGGUAGCGGUACCUCGUUCGCCUGGGCGUCCGACUCGAACACGUAUGCUGUCCUCGAGGGCAAGUCCAAAAUCCGUGUCUACCGCAGCUUCAAGGAGCGCGUCGGCCUGAUCAAGUCGUCGGGUUCGUGGGCGGUCGAGGGCAUCCACGGUGGGCCACUGCUUGCGGCGCGCGGCUCGGGCUUUGUCAUGUUCUGGGACUGGGAGACCGGGGCUGUCGUCCGCCGUAUCGAGGUCGACGCCACCAACGUCGCCUGGUCGCAGUCGGGCGAGCUCGUUGCAAUCACCACCGAGGACUCGUUCUACGUUCUGCGCUUUGACCGCGACGCGUACGCUCAGGUGCUUGACUCGGGCGAGAUUGUCGGUGACGAGGGCGUCGAGGAGGCGUUUGACAUUGUCGCCGACGUCGCUGAGCAGGUCAAGACGUGCAAGUGGAUCGGUGACUGCUUCAUCUACACCAACUCGGCCAACCGCCUCAGCUACCUCAUCGGCGACCAGUCGAGCGUCAUCAACCACUUUGACACGAGUAUCUUCCUCCUCGGCUACCUCCCGUCCCACAACCGCAUCUAUGUCGCCGACAAGGACAUGAACAUCUACAGCUACGCGCUGUCGCUUACCGUUGUCGAGUACCAGACGGCCAUCCUUCGUGGCGACAUGGAGGAGGCUGAGCGCAUCCUCCCCAGCAUCCCGGCCGACCAGCGCAACCGCAUCGCACGCUUCCUCGAAGUGCAGGACCUCAAGGAGCUUGCGCUGCAGGUGUCGACAGACCCGGACCACAAGUUCGACCUUGCCAUCGGAAUUAACGACCUCGAGACUGCACUCUCACUCGUGCGCGCCUCGCCCGAGGCCGGUUCCGAGACCAAGUGGAAGGUGGUUGGUGACAAGGCGCUCGCGGCAUGGCAGCUCGACCUGGCGCAGGAGGCGUUCGAGAAGUCCAAGGACCUGGCCGCUCUUCUGCUGCUCUACACUUCUCUUGCCGACCGGGAUGGACUGCAGCGCCUGGCGAAGGCAGCAGUGGAGAAGGGCCAGAACAACAUUGCGUUUGCGGCAUACUUGCAGCUGGGCGACAGUGCCAGCUGCAUCGAGUUGCUGGCAUCGACUGACCGCCUGCCCGAGGCGGCGCUCAUGGCGCGCUCGUACAACCCGACACUUGCAGGCCCUAUCUCCAAGAAGUGGAAGGCCGAGCUCGAGGCUGAGGGCCGCAAGAAGGUUGCCGCCACCAUCGGGUCGCCGGACGAGGACCGCGGCCUGUUCGAGGAGCUGGACAGCGAGGGCUCGGGCGUUAUGGUCGAGCGCGACGUCGAUGGAGUUACUGCUGGUGUCGCGGGGAUGGCUGUGCGCUCGCCGUCGCCGAAGAAGAGCCGGACGCCGAGUCCCGUCAAGGCGAGCCGCUCUCCGAGCCCGUCCAAGGCGGGCCGCCCCGAGGCGCAACAGAAGCCGCGGACGCCGUCGCCGACCAAGGGCCUCUCGUCUCCGACCAAGACGCCCAGCCCAACACUGAGCGGUGAGGCGGACAAGAAGGACUAG